GCAGCACACAAAUCUCUGAAGACAAAGCUCAAGUUAGCUAGAAAAAUGAAACAAAACAGACCUGUUCCACAAUGGGUGCGAUUAAGGACUGGUAACACCAUCCGAUAUAACGCCAAAAGAAGACAUUGGAGAAGAACAAAACUCAAGAUGUAA